AUGGCACUCACAGUCACGUACGGGUAUAAUGGGCCCGCCCUCCUGCUCGAACCUCUCCCUCACCUCGACAUUUCAGCUCGCCGCACAGUCAGACAUGCUCUUCACCAGAUUGAGUUCAUCGGAGCUUUGCGAAAAUGGAUCAAUUUCAACACAGAAGUCGCGCACACCUACAACAAUCAGACAUGGAACCUGCGCAAAAUAGCGUCCAAACUGACGGCCAAUUCACUCGCCGGUUCAGUUCACGAGGAGCAAGUGCUCGUGAGCGACGAGCGUGGCGUGCAAGGCAGACUUGAGGGACGGGCAGGAACAGCUCUGGGGGCUGUAUUUGCUGCUCAAAACCAUGAUCUCAAGUUUGGGACCUCAAAGGGCGCUUUGCCUCCAUAUCCAGGAUACAAAAUGUCCCCUGACUUUGUGCUUGUGACCUCAGCUCAUAAAGCAAAGGUUGUGGGAGAAGUCAAAGUGCCAUGGAUUUGCGAGCACAACCUUGACAAGUUGAUCAUCGAAUUUGAGUCGGGACUAAAUGUAUACGGCUUUCGGCAUGUACUCGGCCAGAUUGCAGAGUACAUGUUGGAGUUCCGACUUAAGUAUGGGUUCCUGACUACAUAUGAGCAAACAAUCUUUCUUCGAAAGGUGGAAGUCGGCCGAUAUUGGGCACUGGAAUACUCCCCGGUGAUUCAAAAUAGCGACAAUGGAACUUUCUCAGGCAAAAGGGUUUCAUUGUGUCAGAGUCUCUACCAUAUUGGUAUAUUGGCCCUCGCGGACUCGGACUUCGACACUACCCAAGGCAUGCGGACUCAGAAGUGGACAGUGCCGUUGUAG